GAAUUAGGAAACUGGAAAACUUGGAAAUUUAUAAAUUCAGAAAUUUGAUAAUGGAGGAAAUGGAAAGGAAGAUUUUAAGAUCUGAAGUAUUGGUAGCUUAAAAAUUUGAUACUGUAUAACACUAAAAAUUCCAAAAUUUGUAAUAAAGUCUCUAGCUUAGUCCCAGCCACACCAAUUCCAACAAUUCUAUUUAAUUGAACCCGAAGCUUUUCCAAUUAAUUUAUCAACCCUCUUGAAAUCAAAAGUUUUCAACGCCGAAAGAAUGAAAUUAUGGAAUAUCAUUGUAUCGAUGAUUCAACGACCUCUUAUCAUUUAAUCUUCACGUUCACGGGGCACGGUUUGCUAAGAAUCGAGAAGAGAUCAAAGGACACCGAGCAGUUGCUUGACAAUUUGUUAACAGAGAGAAGCCAAUACGAAGCUGAGAAAAUUGCUGUCGGGGGCCGUGGCGGGAUCCGCCUUUCUUAUAAAAGAACCUGUGGACAACGUUAGACGGACAGUGGUGAACUACUGACAGAUACGCGGAAAAAAAUUAGUGCAAUUAUUCGACGAGUUAACUGGCUAACGUCAGCUGACGGAGAAUGGCUUGCCUGAAAAUUUACACAGUCCUGCUGUUGGCUGUCAUUAUCGGUAUCGUUUCUGCAAGACCAGGAUACCUAGGUGGCUACGGAUACGGUUUUGGAUACCCCUACGGAUAUGGCUUCCGAUACCCAUUUUACGGAUAUGGACACGGUUUCGGAUACUAUGGCUACCCGUACUACGGUUAUGGUCACGGAUUCGGUCACUUCGGCUUUCACUAAUCGAAAAGAUGACAUUAUGGAUUCCACGAUUCGCAAAGGGGAAACCGUCGAGAGACGAUCUUUCGAUACCGAUUUUAUCCUAUCGUAACCUUUCUUGACGACAAUCGAAACUGAAAUGCGUUCGCGUUUUUGUUAGCCGAAAGCAAACGUAUCUUCGUCCUUAUUACAAACAGCAUUUAUCCUGUCUUCUCUGUUUAUCCAUGCAAAUCAUAGUAGUCGGAAAAAAUAACGAUGCAGACAUUUAUAAAGUGAACGGUUUAGAUUGUACUCGAUUAAACUUUAUAUUCUCACCGUCUAAGAUUGUGCAAGUCGAAUGAAUAAAACGUAGAUUUUUAUCAAAACAUCGUAUUUGUAGUGUCUUAUUGUCGUGCCAGGUGUGACACAUUUUCGGACGACGAAUUUAUUAGUUAUGUGUCUUUCGUUGCUGAAAUUUUUGAAGUAUUUAUUCGUUUUGUAAAUCUCAUUGUGAACCUGGUUAUACAAAUAGAUUAAUUUUAAUUACAGGGCUAUUACAGUAUUUAUUAAUUUCGUUAAAGAGACAGUAAAAUUUUUUUGAAUCCCCGAACUCGAUACUCGAGUCGACGCAAAAAUAAACAUAUGUCAUAAUGAAUAUUAAAUUUACACCUGCUUUUAUAACACUCAUAAAGUAAAUGAUUACUUCGAUCGUAUAUCUUGAUGAAAUACAACGUUAACGAUCGAAGAAAACAUAAGAUUUUAUUUAUUAAUCUUCCCAAGGUUUUCACAAAAUUCG